AUACUUCCCACACAGACGGGACCAAAUUGUAUCGACUGAGGGAAUUGUUAUGCAAACGACUACCCUCGACACGACAGAGAUUUUCGUUGAGUUGUCAAAAUACCAUGGCUUUGUCUCACGGAUAGUUAUUAUAAAAAUCACGGGGUCGACAUAAGUACAUUCGGCGUUAAUUCGUCAUGGGAGAAAGAACUCCUCGUCGUGGCAACAAUAUACUGUUUUCUGCCCAACAACUUGAUCAUAACGCCAGCAAAGCUCGUCAUUUAAACAAGAGAGCAGGAAACCGCUUGCAAAUCCGUAAAGGUAGCUUGGAGGAACAGCAGUCCACACAACUGCAAUCGCUUGACUACGAGAUGCGACGCCUGAAACAUGAGUUGAGGGAGAUCACGCAAACCUCAGGUAAAUUAGAAAUGAGAGAUACAAUAAUCGAGCGGCCAAUACCGGGUAAAGUUGACAGCGAUAACAAUACAAGAAGAAAAAAGUCUAAAAGAGCAGCGUCUACAAGAAACAAUCUCGACGUCGACUCAAGGAAGGUUGGAAACUCUAUCGGCGCAGCUUUGAACAAUGAUGAUGCGCAGGAUUCGCGACGUAAAAGUUUGUCGUUACCGACGCUACCUUCAAUGAGUACAGCCACUCCACAGCUUACUUCUCGGACUGAUUUUUCACGAGUGGAUGAGAACGAAAUCGACGAAUCAUUCACAUCACCGCGAGUUUUUUCUAAGCCAAGAGAAAAAAGAAAACAUUCGCGCAGUAGAAAACUUAACCUCGAUGUGUCGCCCGCGGCACAAAACCUCGCAAACUCCACCGAUGGAGUAACGGUAAACGUCUCUAUCACAAAUACAAACGGUGACACAGAACGACUGCGUCCCGUUUCGCCUCAAGGCUCGUCUAAAAUCGAUUCUUCGCUCGUAAAUGUUAACCUCGUUGCAGUCAAAGACAGGAUUCAAACUAGACUUUCUCAACCGACUAUGAAUAAGGUGAACGACGGUGAAGAUGACGAUGAGCCUGAUUAUACACAGUACCUUCAUGUUCCCCCCGAUGGGUUACCUCGGACUGUUUACCUGCUACCGCCGUUAACAGAUCUUCUACAAGAGGCUAAAAAGGCCAGGUACAUACGAAGGCCUAGAAAACCUUUACAAGAACUGGAAGGGGAUGAUCCUGAUAGGGAAUUAGGCAUUGAUGAAAUAUUUAGCAAGAAAGGUUAGCUUGGUAUGAAACGCACACUGUAAAUGUCAAUACCAAGCAAAAUGAUUUUAAACGUCUUUUUAAAGGGGUACAUAGUCAAUAUCUUGUAGACAGCACGUUAAUCAGAGUUUAUGAUAUAGUCCACACUAAGCAUUCAUGCGUCUCUUUUAUUCUCCAAGAGUUUUCUUCUUCGAUAGUACUCAAUAUCGCGCAGUCGUCACCAGUUUAGCAUGCUUGGCUUUGCGCAAUUUUUUUGGGUAGUUCUGUCAGGGAUGAGUGAGUUAUUAAUGAGUCCUUAGUUCUGAUGACUAUGGAACGAAACGACAUUGAAAGUGGCACUCUGCGCUACCGAUAGUUCCAAUAACAACUGAAAACUUCAUCGAAAAUAAAGCAAAGAUAUCUUGAAAUCUGA